GUAUUUCAUUCCCUAUGCUAAUCAUCAAUUUGUAUUAUUAUAGAGGAAAUGUUUACAUAAGUAAAUAAUAUAACUGAUUACAUGAAUAAACCUGCUUCCAUUAUUUAAAAAAAAAUAACUGAUGCUUACAUAACACAAUUACAUAGAUUAUUGAAAUGACAGAGGUUAUGAUUAAAAAUCCCACUGUAAAGUUUCAUAAACUUAACUACAUUAUAAUAUUAACACUUACUGUUAGCAUCACCUUACCUACAAUCUUUAGUGAUCAAGGUGUUAAUUGGGAUAUAACUUAUCUAUUAAAUCGUCGUUAUGAUAUAGCACGUGCUGAUGAAGAAUUCCCUAUCAAAAUUCAACCACCUUCAGGUGACCUUUUAUAUAGUGUACCAGCAUUACGUUUAUUUCCACAAUCAAAAUUACCAAAUGAAACAUUUUUUAUUCAUUUAAUAUUCAAACCAAAUAAAACAGCUAUUCAACAUGGAUUAUAUUUAUUCAGUAUACGUGACCCAGAUAAUGUGUUAAGACUUGGAUUAAAAAUAGUUGAAUACACUACCUAUCAGAUAAUUUUUACGUAUAAUCCACUAUCAUUUAAUGGUAAUUUAAAAGAAGUGGAAUUCUCCAUUCCAUGGAAUGAUGAUUAUUGGCAUUUGGGAAUAUUAAUUAAACCAGAUCAAAUUGACUUCUAUACAUCAUGUGAAGAAACUCAAAGGAUCGCUUAUCAUUUCUAUCCAAUUCAAGGUUUACUAGGUGAACCAUUAUUCCGUAAAGGUGCAACAUUUUAUGCACUUAAUAGUGGCUUAAAGAAUGCAUCUGAAUAUUUUGAGGGUUAUUUAAAAGCUUUCAGUUUUCAUUCAGAUGAAAAUGCUCUCCGAUAUAUGUGUACCAAAUCGGAAAAUUAUGAAGGAAGUGGUGAUGCAGAUCGUUUUAAAUAUGAUCCCGAAUUCGGAAAUAUAUUAAUUACUAGCUCAAUACAAGAUGAUGAAGAGAAGGAGAUUACAAUAGACAACGAAGAUUAUGAAAGUGGAAAACAAGAGAAUAAAGAGAAAAUUACAACAGAAACAGACAACAAAGAAAUGGUAACGACCGAGAAAACUGACAUAAGACUAAGAACGGAAUAUAAAUAUAGAUAUAUAAUGAAAGACCUAGGAACAGGAGGUCUAGUAGACAUACAAGAUAUGAAGGAAAAUGUCGUUAUAAACGGAGCAAUAAAACUAACAGAUGAAUUAGCCAUUUUACCAAACGGAGAUAUUGUAGCAACGAAGCCGCUCAUUGAAAACCAACGUUUCAUCAUAGCUGAAAAUAUAAGUCAAAUAGGUGACAGAAAGGUUUAUGGAACUUACAGCGGAGAAAUGAUUGAAGGAGCAGAAGUAGAUGACCAAGGAAUAAUACAUUUACCCAAUUCGACACAUGCGAUAACAGUUUCACUCGACAAGGAUCGAUAUGUCAUAUUGAAAAAUAACAAAACAAAGAGAGAAUCAAUAUUUGACCGCCACCUCGGAACAGAACUAGUAAAUGCCACGCUCCACCAUAAUGGAAUGAUCAAAUUAGCCACUGGACAGCUCGUAGCUCCCUCCUCUCGGGAAGGCUAUAAAUACAUGGUAGUCACAAAUGAAGACGACCAAACCCUUCUAGUUUACGAUCGAUUUACGGGAGAACAGAUCAAGGGUGCACAGGUUGAUCCCAAUGGUUUGAUUCAGUUCGAAGAUGGACGCAUGGCCAUCGAGCCAUCAUCCAAACUAGAUAGAUAUGUUAUAAUGACGGACCCAAACAACGGUGAAAAACUAGUUUUCGACAGACGAACAGGUAGUCAUAUCAAGGAUGCUGUGUACAGUGAAGAUGGGUUGAUUCGCUUUCCAGACGGUAGGCGCGUUGCACCAGGUUCCACUGAUAACAGCUCACAGUAUCUAAUUCACUUCGACCCUACAACGAAGGAGAACUUGGUUUUUGACAGACAUACUGGUGAACAAGUCGAGGGUGCCUCAGUAGACUCACGAGGUUUCAUAAUUCUUCCCGAUGGUAAAUUGCAUCUAGAUCAGAACCAAGUAAAACAAAGGUACAUUGUCCUACAGGAGACAAACGAUAAUACCACAUUCGUAGUCGACACCAAAUCAGGCCAGAAAAUUGACGGAGCAGUUGUUUUGGACAAUGGUCUCGUCAAGCUACCCGAUGGAAAUCUGGUUGCACCCAGCUCAAACACAAGCGCAAAUUACAUGGUGGUCGGAUUGACUGAGGGCGAAGAGAAUCCAGCAGUAUUCGAUCGCAGGACAGGUGAACAAAUCCCAGAUGCUUACCUAGACAAGGAUGGUAUCAUACAUUUGCCGGAUGGAAGUUUGGCUAUCUCGGCAUCAGAAACUAUGGAUCGCUACCUUGUGGCCCAAGAUAACCUGACAGGAGACCCUGUGAUGUUUGAUCGUCGCCUCGGAACAGAACUAGUAAAUGCCACGCUCCACCAUAAUGGAAUGAUCAAAUUAGCCACUGGACAGCUCGUAGCUCCCUCCUCUCGGGAAGGCUAUAAAUACAUGGUAGUCACAAAUGAAGACGACCAAACCCUUCUAGUUUACGAUCGAUUUACGGGAGAACAGAUCAAGGGUGCACAGGUUGAUCCCAAUGGUUUGAUUCAGUUCGAAGAUGGACGCAUGGCCAUCGAGCCAUCAUCCAAACUAGAUAGAUAUGUUAUAAUGACGGACCCAAACAACGGUGAAAAACUAGUUUUCGACAGACGAACAGGUAGUCAUAUCAAGGAUGCUGUGUACAGUGAAGAUGGGUUGAUUCGCUUUCCAGACGGUAGGCGCGUUGCACCAGGUUCCACUGAUAACAGCUCACAGUAUCUAAUUCACUUCGACCCUACAACGAAGGAGAACUUGGUUUUUGACAGACAUACUGGUGAACAAGUCGAGGGUGCCUCAGUAGACUCACGAGGUUUCAUAAUUCUUCCCGAUGGUAAAUUGCAUCUAGAUCAGAACCAAGUAAAACAAAGGUACAUUGUCCUACAGGAGACAAACGAUAAUACCACAUUCGUAGUCGACACCAAAUCAGGCCAGAAAAUUGACGGAGCAGUUGUUUUGGACAAUGGUCUCGUCAAGCUACCCGAUGGAAAUCUGGUUGCACCCAGCUCAAACACAAGCGCAAAUUACAUGGUGGUCGGAUUGACUGAGGGCGAAGAGAAUCCAGCAGUAUUCGAUCGCAGGACAGGUGAACAAAUCCCAGAUGCUUACCUAGACAAGGAUGGUAUCAUACAUUUGCCGGAUGGAAGUUUGGCUAUCUCGGCAUCAGAAACUAUGGAUCGCUACCUUGUGGCCCAAGAUAACCUGACAGGAGACCCUGUGAUGUUUGAUCGUCGCCUCGGAACAGAACUAGUAAAUGCCACGCUCCACCAUAAUGGAAUGAUCAAAUUAGCCACUGGACAGCUCGUAGCUCCCUCCUCUCGGGAAGGCUAUAAAUACAUGGUAGUCACAAAUGAAGACGACCAAACCCUUCUAGUUUACGAUCGAUUUACGGGAGAACAGAUCAAGGGUGCACAGGUUGAUCCCAAUGGUUUGAUUCAGUUCGAAGAUGGACGCAUGGCCAUCGAGCCAUCAUCCAAACUAGAUAGAUAUGUUAUAAUGACGGACCCAAACAACGGUGAAAAACUAGUUUUCGACAGACGAACAGGUAGUCAUAUCAAGGAUGCUGUGUACAGUGAAGAUGGGUUGAUUCGCUUUCCAGACGGUAGGCGCGUUGCACCAGGUUCCACUGAUAACAGCUCACAGUAUCUAAUUCACUUCGACCCUACAACGAAGGAGAACUUGGUUUUUGACAGACAUACUGGUGAACAAGUCGAGGGUGCCUCAGUAGACUCACGAGGUUUCAUAAUUCUUCCCGAUGGUAAAUUGCAUCUAGAUCAGAACCAAGUAAAACAAAGGUACAUUGUCCUACAGGAGACAAACGAUAAUACCACAUUCGUAGUCGACACCAAAUCAGGCCAGAAAAUUGACGGAGCAGUUGUUUUGGACAAUGGUCUCGUCAAGCUACCCGAUGGAAAUCUGGUUGCACCCAGCUCAAACACAAGCGCAAAUUACAUGGUGGUCGGAUUGACUGAGGGCGAAGAGAAUCCAGCAGUAUUCGAUCGCAGGACAGGUGAACAAAUCCCAGAUGCUUACCUAGACAAGGAUGGUAUCAUACAUUUGCCGGAUGGAAGUUUGGCUAUCUCGGCAUCAGAAACUAUGGAUCGCUACCUUGUGGCCCAAGAUAACCUGACAGGAGACCCUGUGAUGUUUGAUCGUCGCCUCGGAACAGAACUAGUAAAUGCCACGCUCCACCAUAAUGGAAUGAUCAAAUUAGCCACUGGACAGCUCGUAGCUCCCUCCUCUCGGGAAGGCUAUAAAUACAUGGUAGUCACAAAUGAAGACGACCAAACCCUUCUAGUUUACGAUCGAUUUACGGGAGAACAGAUCAAGGGUGCACAGGUUGAUCCCAAUGGUUUGAUUCAGUUCGAAGAUGGACGCAUGGCCAUCGAGCCAUCAUCCAAACUAGAUAGAUAUGUUAUAAUGACGGACCCAAACAACGGUGAAAAACUAGUUUUCGACAGACGAACAGGUAGUCAUAUCAAGGAUGCUGUGUACAGUGAAGAUGGGUUGAUUCGCUUUCCAGACGGUAGGCGCGUUGCACCAGGUUCCACUGAUAACAGCUCACAGUAUCUAAUUCACUUCGACCCUACAACGAAGGAGAACUUGGUUUUUGACAGACAUACUGGUGAACAAGUCGAGGGUGCCUCAGUAGACUCACGAGGUUUCAUAAUUCUUCCCGAUGGUAAAUUGCAUCUAGAUCAGAACCAAGUAAAACAAAGGUACAUUGUCCUACAGGAGACAAACGAUAAUACCACAUUCGUAGUCGACACCAAAUCAGGCCAGAAAAUUGACGGAGCAGUUGUUUUGGACAAUGGUCUCGUCAAGCUACCCGAUGGAAAUCUGGUUGCACCCAGCUCAAACACAAGCGCAAAUUACAUGGUGGUCGGAUUGACUGAGGGCGAAGAGAAUCCAGCAGUAUUCGAUCGCAGGACAGGUGAACAAAUCCCAGAUGCUUACCUAGACAAGGAUGGUAUCAUACAUUUGCCGGAUGGAAGUUUGGCUAUCUCGGCAUCAGAAACUAUGGAUCGCUACCUUGUGGCCCAAGAUAACCUGACAGGAGACCCUGUGAUGUUUGAUCGUCGCCUCGGAACAGAACUAGUAAAUGCCACGCUCCACCAUAAUGGAAUGAUCAAAUUAGCCACUGGACAGCUCGUAGCUCCCUCCUCUCGGGAAGGCUAUAAAUACAUGGUAGUCACAAAUGAAGACGACCAAACCCUUCUAGUUUACGAUCGAUUUACGGGAGAACAGAUCAAGGGUGCACAGGUUGAUCCCAAUGGUUUGAUUCAGUUCGAAGAUGGACGCAUGGCCAUCGAGCCAUCAUCCAAACUAGAUAGAUAUGUUAUAAUGACGGACCCAAACAACGGUGAAAAACUAGUUUUCGACAGACGAACAGGUAGUCAUAUCAAGGAUGCUGUGUACAGUGAAGAUGGGUUGAUUCGCUUUCCAGACGGUAGGCGCGUUGCACCAGGUUCCACUGAUAACAGCUCACAGUAUUUAAUUCACUUCGACCCUGCAACGAAGGAGAACUUGGUUUUUGACAGACAUACUGGUGAGCAAGUUGAGGGUGCUUAUGUAGAUGAAUUGAAUAUGAUACAUCUUCCUGACGGUGAUUUAUUUCUUCAGCCUGAUGUUUUAUAUCCUCGCUACAUGUCACUCACUCGCAGCAGUGAUAAUUAUCCCGUGGUUUUGGAUUCCUCCACCGGUGAAAUUUUGAACGCAUCGUUCUUAGGUGGUUCUCUUUUCCGUGUAAAUGGUGGUGGAGUAAUCGCAGUGGGCAACUUAUCAGGUGGUCGUUUCGUUGUUUAUGAUGGUGUUGAUGCUGCAGUCCCACGUAUUUACGAUACGUUGCUGGGUCACGCUGUACCAGGAGCUGUUCUUCGGCCUGAUGGUUGGAUUGAGUUUACGGAUGGCCUAGUCUUUCCUGUGCUUUCUUCUGUUCCUGUCGGUCAGCGCUAUUUUGUUUUUCGCAAUUCAUCCUCAGGGCAGGAAGUUGUUUAUGACGCUAUAUUAGGUUCAGCUGUUUCUGAUUCAUUUGUUGACGAAAACGGUCUCAUUCAUUUAACAAACGGAUCAAUUUUUAGUCCAAUCACUUAUAAUCACACUUCUUUUUUGUUUGACGAUCUUUCGGAACCUGCUUAUUCAUCAACACUUCGUGAACGUAAAAAUGCUUCUCUAUAUCAUAUUGUCUCAUUGAAUUCGACUACUAAAAUGCAACCUGAAGAAAUGGAUUUAAUUUCUCCUGAUAAAGUCGAAAAAAUAGCGAACGGCAGCUCAUGUGAAUGUAUCGAAGAUUUAUUCCGACGAGGUCUUUUGAGACUGAAAGGAGAAAAGGGAGAUCGUGGUGAUGCAGGACCUAUGGGACCUGAAGGACCCCCUGGAACCUGUCCUGCAACUUGUGGAUCGAAUCUAUCGACUGUUAUACAAGGACCUAAAGGUGAUCCCGGUCCUCCUGGAGUUUGUACCAUUGAUCAAUGCAAAGAAGCUGCAAUACCCGGACCUCAAGGACCUCCAGGAGAAAAAGGAGAAAAAGGUGAUCCAGGAGAAGUGGAUCUUACAAAUGAUCAGUCAAUUUCAUUUAUUAAACAAGCCAUUCACGAUUUUAUAUUACAACCAGAAAUUCAAAAACAAUUUCGUGGUCCAAAAGGUGAUCCAGGUGAAUGUUCAUGUUUAAGUGAUGCAGCAGAUAAUUCUUCACCGAAAAAAUAUUCAAAUAAUGAAUUAAAUAGUUCAAAAAAUAAUCAUAAUACUAAUAGUAAUAAUAAUGGUGAAAUUUCAGGUUAUGGUGCAAUGGUCUUGAAUACUGAAAUGGAUUUAAGCAAAGUAUCACAUACUUUUCCUGUUGGUACAAUGGCUUAUAUUAAAGAAGCGGAUACAUUCUACUUAAAAACAAUAGAACAAACUAAUACAUGGCGUAUAAUAAAUUUGCUGUCGAAAGCAGAUGCAAUUAAUUUACCAAUUCCAAAACCAACACCAGCUCCUGUAUUUGAACCACAAUAUUAUCCAGUUCAUAAAGGGAAAAAGCUUUAUUUAAUUGCACAAAAUAAACCACUACGUGGUGAUUUGAAAUACAAUGAUCGAAUAACUGGUGCACAUGCUGGUUCAAUUUUUGCAUGUCAACGUGCAGCAAAUCUUAAAGGUCUCGGAAGAGCAUUCUAUCCACUACUCAGUACAGAUAUGUUCAAUAUGGAUUAUGUUGUACCGCCAACAUAUAGAUAUGGUGUUCCUUUGGUUAAUUUAUAUGGUGAAAUUCUCUUUGAUGAUUUUAUGAGUCUUGUUGAAGGACGUUCAAAACCACAAGCGAAAUUAUUGGAUUUCGAUGGUGUCGAUAUAACAGAUGAUAUUGUUGCACCAUGUUUAUGGAUUGGUCAAAAACCAAUUUAUUUAAAUGGUGAUUAUGAAUAUGCAGCUCAGUCAAAAUGUCGUAAUUGGCAAUCAACUUAUCCAGGUGAAAAUGGUUUAGCUGUAUCUUUACCAAUUGUUGACAAUGCACCAGGUUUAUUUUCUAAACAAAAUUUUAAAUUAAUAUCAUGUUCGAAAUUUUGUCGAAUGUUAUGCAUACAAAUCACACCAUCUAAUACGUAAUCAAUUAUAAUUAUUAUGAUAAUCCAUAUUCGAUUUAUGUAUCCGUAUACACUUAUUCCUGUUCUACAUCCGGACAUUUUUUUAUCGAUUAAUAUAUAUAAAUACUGCUACUAAGUGAAUUAAACGUUUGUCAAUUUAAUGAGAUUUUUAAAACAUUCAACAGCUGAAAAACAGGUACUUAGUUGCUUGUUAUUUUUCUGAAUUUGUUCACUAUUCAAUACGAAACGAUACUACUCUCUUUUUUUCAGUACAUACUAAUAUAACUUACUGAUUCCUUUAUCGUAAUUGAACAUUUUCGAGUUUGUCAAUUUUAAUUUCAAUGUUGAAAUUCAACAGUCAAGCAUUUAUAUUCUCUUAUUUAUUGAAGUAAAAAAAAGAAAGAAUAAGAAACCGAUUGUUUUUUUUGUCAAAAAUUAUCUGUCUAUCUAUUUAUCUAUCGUUUUUGACACCUAAAUCCAAUGUUUACAUAUACCUACUACAAAAAAGAACAGUUUUGAAUUUCAUUUGAGUUUUUCACUGACGCAUCAAUACAUACACACAUACACAUAGAUAUAUAUAUAAGAAGCACGAUUUAUGAUUUUAAUGAUUUUAAUAUUUCUAUCAUUAUUAUUAUUAUUACUCCAUAUUUCUGUCUUUGGUUCAAAAUGUUGUGGUAUAAUUUUUUCCUCAUCUGCAUGAAUCACUAUUUCUAUGUAUCCAAUUGGAACAAUUGAGGACUUAAUAAUUAACUUUUGUGCAAUUCAUUUUGUGUGAAAAUGAAGCACAAUUAGCUGGUCAAUUUACAUUGGUUUUGUUACUUAUUUAUAUUAAUUGUGUGCAAAUUUUGUGUUGAAACAGUUAAAAAUGUAAUGCACUAGAAUAAUGGAAAUAUAGACAUAUAUUUUAUACGUGAUAUAAAUUUGUAAUUUAUUUUACGCUAAAAAGAAAUAAUACUAAAUUCAUUAUACCAUAG